GGAAGUUAAAACUUCAGUGCGCUUCAUCCUGGAAUGUGUGUGAGGAGAACAUCGUCUUCGCCUCACUUCAGGACGUUGUUAUACAAGAACCUACACUCAUGCGUGGUCUUUGUUAUUUUUACCUCUCAAUCCUGACCCAAGUGUCUUCCAGCACUGUCGAGGUCGUUGGCGUCUUUGGGCACAAUGUCACUUUGCCCUGUAGGUAUGACGCCCAAACUCACGGCGUCCUGAGUUUCUGUUGGGGACGAGGGACGGUGCCCAUGUCCAAAUGCACCGACACCAUCUUGUCCACCGAGGACGGGGCUGUGCUUUUCAGGGAGUCCUCCAGGUACCAGCUGCUGGGCAGGGUGACAGACGGAGACGCGUCGUUGACCAUCCUGGACGCUCAGCAGAGCGAUGCCGGCAUGUACGGCUGCAGGCUCGAGAUCCCAGGGUGGUUCAAUGACGAGAAGGUCAACACAUGGCUGGUCAUGGAGGAAGCUUCUGAGGAACAACCCGUUACCCAGGACUGGACACUUGCUACUGGUGGGAGACAAGAAAUAUUAACAUCUGUGACUAAAAAUGUGGAAGUUGGUUACCAAAUGUUGGCGAUAAUUGGAAUUACAAAAACUGAGGAAAUGUUCAAAGCCCUCCAGGAAGUGGGGAACAUUGGCAGGGUGGCAGCUAUUUUCUUCUUCCUCAUAAUCUUAAUCCUCGUCUUUGUUUUCCGGAGAAAAUUUCUGCCGAAGAAGACGCUUGAAAAUCUCAACACCUCCCCUGCUGAGAACAUUUAUGAAGUAGUAUGAAGUGUCCCGUAGUGAUGGUCAACAUUAUGAGGACAAAGGAACUGCUUGUUAAUGUGUCUGCUUGUCAUGUGCUGCUGACUCUAUCCACCUCCUCAGCUUUUAAGGGAAACCCUUUGAACCCAUUUAAACCAGCUUACAGCAUCCCACUAUUCUCAGAUUGCUCUGAAAAAGGCAAAUGUGUGUCAAAUGUAAGAUGCAAGAAUAUCCUGCAGAUUAAUUAAUUUGCUGUUUGUUUUUCAUGGCAAAAUAGAUCUCACAGCCCUUUAAAGCUUGUGGAUGGUUUAUACUUGUGGACACAAUGCCACCUAUUGGACUUAAUGCAUUAUUAUCAACAUAUUUAAGCAGAUUGCAACAUGACUACACUGUACACUCAAUGUGAAUCUAUCAAAUGUCUACGUGUUUUGAAGAAAGUCUGAUAAAAAAUGUGAAGUGUAUUUUGAAAAACUGCCCAGUAAAGAAUAAAAUAAAUAGUAAAAUAAAAAAAA